UGGCCAUAACCCACCCAACAUAUAUAUUCUUAAAACCUCUACUAGUAGAAGUACCCUUUGCAAUGGCUGCAAUAAGUUCUCUCUCUUUGUUCUUCAAACUAAAGUUUUCGUUGAUUUUAAUUUCAUGUGUUAUCGGGGUAACUUCAGCUCAGUUAUCCUCAAAAUUCUAUGAUAAAAGUUGUCCCAAAGCCCUUACCACCAUUAGGAAAGAAGUGGAACGUGCUGUGCGCAAUGAGAGUCGCAUGGGGGCCUCCUUGCUCCGACUACACUUCCAUGACUGCUUCGUUCAAGGAUGUGAUGCAUCGGUGUUGUUAGACGACACGGCAAAUUUCACUGGCGAGAAGAACUCAUUUCCUAAUGCUAACUCCCUUAGGGGUUUUGAAGUCAUAGACAACAUAAAAUCUAAGUUGGAAGGCAUGUGUAAAGGUGUUGUCUCUUGUGCUGACAUCUUAGCCGUUGCUGCGAGAGACGCUGUUGUUGCUCUUGGUGGACAAAAAUGGGAAGUACAAGUAGGCAGAAGAGAUUCAACCACAGCAAGUUUAGACGAAGCCAAUUCAGAUUUACCAGCUCCCUUUUUGGAUCUUAGUGGCCUCAUCACUGCUUUCGCCAAGAAAAAUUUCACUACCCAAGAACUUGUUACUUUAUCAGGUGGUCACACAAUCGGACUAGUUAGAUGCCGUUUCUUCAGAGCGAGGAUUUACAACGAGAGCAACAUAGAUCCGACAUUUGCACAACAAAUGCAAGCAUUGUGUCCCUUCGAAGGUGGUGAUGACAAUUUGUCUCCUUUCGAUUCCACCACACCAUUCAAAUUUGACAAUGCAUUCUACAAGAACUUGGUGCAGCUAAAGGGUGUAGUACACUCGGACCAACAACUCUUCACGAACAAUGGAUCUGGUCCCACAAACGAUCAAGUAAAUAGAUACAGCAGAAACAUGGGAAAUUUCAAGAAGGACUUUGCAGAUGCAAUGUUUAAGAUGAGCAUGCUCACCCCACUAACUGGCUCCAACGGUCAGAUUAGGCAAAACUGCAGGCUAGUCAAUCCACCAUCAACCACUGUCUCCUGAAUAAUGUACACUUGUUGAUAUCAAUAUUAAUAUUUAUGGCUACGAUGCUUAAUUUCAGGGUGUAUUCUUUAAAUAAAUUAAAGCCUUGCAUGUUAUUGAAAUUAUACGUUAAAUUCAUCGUCAAGUGUAAUCUAAUGCAAUUUGUCAAUUAAAGUAUGCUUUUGUAUUGAACUACUACUAA